GUCGAUGGUCAUCGUCAAUGACAGAAGCCUACACUCAAGGCUGUGGUGGUCAAGUUAUGGCGUUGGUGAAAAAAAGUUGUUUUGUUGCCGGCCGUUUCUCAAGCAACCGACUCUGGUUGAGCUCCAAAUGUAGCCCGUAUGUGUAUCUAAGAUGCAUGUCAGCAAUGGCCAAAUCCUCCCCAGCACAGACUGACAGAAAGAAGGAGCUGCGAAGUGCUGACGGGCCUGAUCUGCAAGACUUUAUUUCUGGAGAGCUAUCGGAGAAACACAAUUGGGAAGAAUACAGAGGCGACCUUAAGAGACGGAAGGGGGAGAGGUUGAGGCUUCCUCCAUGGCUGAAGACAGAGAUCCCCAUUGGGAAGAACUACAACAAACUGAAAAAUACUCUGAGAAACCUGAACCUGCACACAGUGUGUGAGGAAGCCAGGUGUCCCAACAUUGGCGAGUGUUGGGGUGGAGGAGAGUAUGCCACAGCCACAGCUACCAUUAUGCUUAUGGGGGAUACAUGUACUCGUGGGUGCAGGUUCUGCUCGGUGAAGACUGCCCGCCAACCUCCUUCUCUGGACCCGGAGGAGCCUUACAAUACAGCCAAGGCCAUUGCUGCAUGGGGACUGGACUAUGUGGUUCUGACAUCUGUAGACAGAGAUGAUAUAGCUGAUGGAGGGGCGGCACACUUUGCUAAGACUGUCUCCAACCUGAAAGAAAGAAACCCUCGCAUCCUAGUGGAAUGUCUUACCCCUGAUUUUCGUGGUGAUCUGGCAUCGGUAGAGAAAAUUGCCCUUUCAGGGCUGGACGUGUAUGCUCAUAACGUGGAGACAGUCCGUGAACUACAAAGGCAUGCGCGUGACCCCAGAGCAAACUUUGACCAGUCGCUGAGUGUUCUCAUACAUGCCAAAAAGGUCAAACCUACUGUGCUCACCAAGACUUCCAUUAUGCUUGGAUUAGGGGAGACUGACCAGCAGAUAAUGAACACCCUGACAGAGCUGCGGGGGGCAGGUGUGGACUGUCUUACACUGGGCCAGUAUAUGCAGCCAACCAAACGCCACCUCAAGGUGGAGGAGUAUGUGACACCUGACAAGUUUGCCCACUGGGAGAAGGUUGGUAAUGACAUGGGCUUUGUCUACACUGCCAGUGGGCCCCUGGUUAGAUCCUCUUAUAAAGCAGGAGAGUUCUUCUUGAAGAACCUACUGGAGAAGAGAAAAGCAGAAGCCACUAUUGCUGAGUGAAGAGCACAGGGCACCUGGCUCAUCGUUGAUGCUUCCCACCAGCCUUCCUCUUAGACCUCCUCCUUUUAUCACAGGAGUCUUUCCAAUGAGCUCACAGGCUUUGAGUCACUUUACUCCACCAUUGCACCUGCCAACAGUAGACACUGAUUAUUUUUGUAGCGUGAUUAACCAAGAAAUUUCAGUAUUAAGAGCUCAAAGAAUGGUCAAACAAACAGGAUGGACAUAAACAAGACUCAUUAGAAGUUGAUCAAAAGUCAAGGUAUGGGUGUUGUAAUCUCCUUUUUGAAAAACACUUGGGAGAGCACAUGGGUGUGCAUUUCAGGGAGUCUUGAUCAAAGCUAGUCUCCACUCAGGAGCCUAAUGUCAUGUAGAUAACUCAGGCCUUUGCCCGAGUGAGCUGGCUCAUACUGGACUAGGUUUGAACUGUAGCUUUGCUUCCAUGUCUUGUUGCCUCAGGGCCUCCUGAAGUCUUCGAAAUGACACAUACUCAUGCACACACCCGCUCUCCAGGGGAGCCCUUGACCCUGGGUAGGGAACAGUCAGCAGCCAGGGCUUCAAAUGAGAUCUGUUCAGAGGGAUGACGUCUGCUGACUGAAAACUAAUACAAAAUGUGUAAGUCAUGUAGACUUGAAUCAGUGAAGAAUUGUAAGUUAAUCACAAUGUUAAAUUCUGAUAGUCUAUAGAGGUUUUGCAAUAUCUAAUAAAGUAAUAA